AUGGCUACUUGUGGACGAGAUCGUACUCGUACUCGAAGAGAGAAUGAGAGUAAACCGUCGACAUACAAUCACGCUGAACUCGUGGUGGCGAUGACUAACUUGUCUAACACGAUUCAAGCAGGCACUGCUAUUGCUGCUCAUGCUUUUUGGCGGAUAAGGCAAUCAGUAGGAAGCGAAAAAGAAGAAGGUGCUGAGGACAGCUUAGUUGGUGUUCCGAGAACUCUAGCUGCAUUUCUGAAAGUUGACCCACCAAUUUUCAAUGGAUCGACAAACCCUAUUGAAGCAGACAACUGGUUUAAAGCUGUGGAUGGGAGAAGCUCAGCAUUGGUGGCAAGAAGAGUGUCGAUUCCUGCAACUACAGAAUAUGGAUAUUCCAUGGGAGAUUUUCAGACUAUUUACUAUAAGAAGUAUUUUCCUGAGUCAGUGAGGGAGGCCAGAGAGUUAGAGCUUAUGCAGUUGAAGCAAGGUUCAAUGCUUGUGGCCGAGUAUAUGAGUAAGUUCAAGGAGCUCUGUAGGUUCUCAAGGGUAUGUCAAGGAGCCCCUGAGUCCUAUGAGGGUUGGAAGUGUAAAAAGUAUCAAGUAGGGCUGAGGGAAGAUAUCAUGCGCGUUGUGGCACUAUUUGAGAUUAAGUGA